AUGUAUCAAACGCCAAAUAUCAAAAUCUUCAGCAGCAGCUCUCCAGACUUAUCCCAGAAAAUUGCUGAUCGCCUGGGCCUGGAGCUAAGCAAGGUGGUGACAAAGAAAUUCAGCAACCGGUAGACCUGCGUGGAAACUGGCGAAGUGCGUGGACAGGAUGCCUACAUCGUACAGAGUGGUUGUGGUGAAAUCAAUGACAAUCUGAUGGAUUUGAUUAUGAUUAAUGCCUACAAAAUUGCUUCAGCCAGUCAAGUUACUGCAGUCAUACCAUGCUUCCCUUAUGCCCAGAAGGAUAAGAAGGUUAAGAGCCGAGCCCCAAUCUCCCCCAAGCUUGUUGCCAAUAUGCUGUCAAUAGCAGGCGCAGAUCAUAUCAUCACCAUCGAACUACACGCUUCCCAAAUUCAGGGCUUUUUUGAUGUCCCAGUGGACAAUCUAUACUCAGAGCCAGUUGUCCUGAAGUGGAUAAGGGAGAAUCUCUCUGAAUGGAGAAACUGCACCACUGUCUCACUGGAUGCUGGGGAGAAGAGAGUGACCUCCAUUGCAGACCGGUUGAAUGUGGACUUUGCCAUGAUUCACAAAGAACAGAAGAAAGCAAAUGAAGUGGAUCGUAUGGCACUAGUGGGAGAUGUGAAGAAUCGAGUGGCUAUCCUUGUGGAUGACAGCGACACCUGUGGUACAAUCUGUCAUGCAGCUCACAAACUUCUCUCAGCUGGAGCCACCAGAGUUUAUGCUAUCUUGACCGGAAUCUUUUCUGGCCUGGCCAUUUCUCGCAUCAACAGUGCUUGCUUUGAAGCAGUAGUGGUCACGAAUACCAUACCUCAGGAAGGUAAGAUGAAGCAUUGCUCCAAAAUACGGGUGAUUGACAUCUGUUCCAUGAUCCUUGCAGAAGCCAUCAGAAGAACCCACAAUGGGGAAUCUGUUUCCUACUUGUUUAGUCAUGUCCCUUUAUAA